CAGACUGUUCAGGCUACACACGUUUCUUCCUAGAUAGUGCAGUGUUUUCUUUACAUUGAUCGUACAUUAACUAAUCAAAAAAACUCACAUUUACAUAGCUAUUUCUAUUGCGUUUUUGCUGUAUGACUCGUUGGUUUGUAGAUAUCAGUUUAAGUUCAUUGGCAUUUUACUCUCAAAAACUCAACAAGCCACCUAGCUAGACCGGUGGCCAUCAUUCGGGCUGGUAGCAGACCUCAAACUUAAAGGGCCCCAUGAGUUUCGUGGAGUACGCGGAGGUGAUCCAGGAGGGCGACGUGGUGAUCGUGUUCCUGGGCCACGACUCCAUGAUGGCCGUGCAGGUGCAGAACGGAGCUCAGACGCAGACGCGCUACGGCGCCAUCCGCCACUCCAGCGACCUGAUUGGCCGGCGCUUCGGCUCCAAGGUGACGUGCAGUAAGGGGGGGUGGGUGUACGUGCUGCACCCCACGCCGGAGCUCUGGACCCUCAACCUGCCGCACCGCACACAGAUCCUCUACAGCACCGACAUCGCCACCAUCACACUCAUGCUCGACCUCAAGCCUGGAGCCACGGUGUGUGAGUCCGGGACGGGCAGCGGCUCCCUCUCUCACGCCAUCCUGCGCACCAUCGCUCCGACGGGGCACCUGCACACGGUGGAGUUCCACGCUGAGCGCGCUCAGAAGGCGCGGGAGGAGUUCGGCCGUCACCGCGUGGGCCACCUGGUAACCGUGCGUAACCAGGACGUCUGUCGCCAGGGCUUCGGAGUGGAGGGUGUGGCCGACGCAGUCUUCCUGGACAUCCCGUCCCCCUGGGAGGCCAUCCAGCACGCCAAGGCCGCCAUCAAGAGACAAGGUGGGCGUGUGUGUUCCUUCUCUCCGUGUAUAGAGCAGGUUCAGCAGACGUGUGAGGCGCUGGUGGCGUCCGGCUUCACGGAGCUGCAGACGCUGGAGGUUCUACUGCGUGUGCACGACGUCCGCUCCGUUACGCUGCCGCUGCCCGACUUCGGCCCGGAGGACGACCAACACACACACACACACACACACACCCAGCCGGCCCCCGGCAACGCCAUGGUAACCGUGAAGACGGCCACGCCCCCACGGGAGAUGGCAGGACACACCGGCUACCUCACUUUUGCCACCAAAGUACGCGAGUAACACACACACACACACACACACACACUCCAUGCAAAACAAAGCUCUUACUUUAAAUAGUAUUCUAAGUGGUGAGGGUAAGGGUCAGUCCAGCUUACAGAUACAGUAAGCUUUACACACACACACAUGCGCAUGCACACACACACACACACAUGCGCGCGCGCACACACACACACAGACACACACACACACACACACACACCCACACCUGAUGCUAUGAAUAGGGGGGACGGGGGGUCAGUAAGUCAGUUCCUUCCUCUAUGCUCUCACACACGUGCACACCCACACACACACACACACACACACACACAGGCACAUUUUUUUAUGAGUGUUUAAUUUAUAAGAGGGCUGAUGUGUCCACGUUAGAGACG